UUGUGACAAGAAGAAUGAUCCUUUUCUACUGUGAACAGUUGAGAUACCACCACUUCUGCUGUGAGUGUCUCUGCAUGGGCAGAAGGAACUCCCUGUCCUAAGUCAUGUGUGCUUGUCCAGAGAGAACUGAAGUUAUCUCUGCAAUGCUGUGACCCCUUCUCCUCCACCACUACUGCUAUUUCUCUACUCUGCUGUUGGAAGGUGUGUGUCUGUUCCUUUGGGAGGAGGACAGCAGAACUCUGGCCACCAGAAAUGCAAUCCUUCUUCCUCAGCCAAGCAGAGAGGGUGAUUUUGAGGAGGUCCCAGACACAGCAGCACCAUGGCCUCUGCCACCUCUGUGACCAGCCUGGAAGAUGAAGUCAAUUGCCCCAUCUGCCAAGGCUCCCUGAGGGAGCCAGUCACCAUCGACUGUGGCCACAACUUCUGCCGUGGCUGCCUCACUCGUUACUGUGAGAUCCCAGGCCCAGACCCCGAGGAACCCCUCACUUGUCCACUCUGCAAGGAUCCUUUCCGCCCAGGGAGCUUCCGGCCCAACUGGCAGCUGGCCAGUGUGGUAGAGAAUAUCGAGCGCCUCAAACUGGUGUCCAGGCCGAGCGCAGAGGACAAUGUCUGCCAGGAGCAUGGGGAGAAGGUCUACUUCUUCUGUGAGGAUGAUGAGAUGCAGUUGUGCGUGGUGUGCCGGGAAGCUGAGGAGCACCGAGCCCAUACUGUGCGCUUCCUGGAGGAGGCAGCAAGGCCCUAUAGGGAACAGAUACAGAAAUGUCUUGAGUGUCUAAGAAAAGAGAGAGAGGAGAUUCAAGAGAUUCAUUCAAGAGAAAAUCAAAGGAUACAAGUCCUACUGACUCAGGUGUCCACCAAGAGACAAAGAGUGAUCUCUGAGUUUGCACACCUGAGCCAGGUCCUGGAGCAGCAGCACAGUGUCCUCUUAGCCCAGCUGGAGAGACUGGAUGGGGACAUCCUGAAGCAACAGGAUGAGUUUGAUGUCCUGGUCAAUAGGGAGAUGUGCCGGUUUAGUGCGCUGAUUGCAGAACUGGAGGAGAAGAAGGAGAAGCCAGCCACAGAGCUCCUGACGAAUAUCAGAAGCACUCUAAUAAGAUGUGAAACUAGAAAGUGCCGGAAACCAGAGGCUGUAUCCCCUGAGCUGGGCCAGAGGAUUCGUGACUUCCCCUAUCAGGUCUUCCCGCUGCAAAGGGAGAUGAAGCUGUUUCUGGAAAAACUCUGCUUUGAGUUGGACUAUGAACCAGCUCAUAUCUCUCUAGACCCCAAGACUUCCCACCCCAAGCUCCUCUUGUCUGAUGACCACCAGCAGGCUCGGUUCUCCUACAAAUGGCAGAACUCGCCAGACAACCCUCAGCGUUUUGACCGGGUCACCUGUGUCCUGGCCCACGAUGGUUUCACAGGGGGAAGACACACAUGGGUGGUGAAUGUAGACUUGGCUCAUGGUGGCAGCUGCACCAUAGGUGUGGUCAGUGAGGACGUGCAGCGGAAGGGAGAGCUUCGGCUGAGGCCAGAGGAGGGGGUGUGGGCCAUGAGGCUGGCAUGGGGCUUCGUCUCAGCCCUUGGCUCCUUUCCCACGCGGCUUGCCCUGAAGGAGCAGCCCAGACAGGUGAGGGUGUCUCUUGACUAUGAAGUGGGCUGGGUAACCUUUCUCAAUGAUGUUACCCGGGAACCCAUCUACACUUUCACUACCUCCUUCACCCAGAAGGUGUUCCCCUUCUUUGGACUCUGGGGCCGAGGGUCCAGUUUCUUCCUGAGCUCCUAAGAUUGUGAAGUUAGCUUCCUCUAGGUACAAGACUUAAAGAAAUGACUGUAUGGACUGGGUCACCUGGUAGACUUGAAACAGAUAUCAUGGCUUUAGAUGAUAUAAUGGAGUCAGGACUUCAGCAAGGACAAACUGGGAUGACCUUCAAUCUACAGAUCAAGCCAUUUGCUCACUGCUCAGUAGAUGGUCUAGAGACUUGUACCACUACCAGCUAUUCUACCCCCACCCCCACCAGUGCAGAAGGAGCUGUGUAAAAGAAGGAAUACGAAAUGCGUAGCUAGAAGACAUGGGUUUUAGUCCCAGCCUUGUAACCAACCAAUCCUGCAAUCUUAAGUAGGGUAUCUCACCUCUCUUCAUCUUAUUUUCAUCCCAAAAUAAUAGGGUUUAUUUACUCAUAUCCUCAAGACACAUUUAUUCUGUGCUAAUUAUGAACCAAGCAGCAUGGUAGCCACUGGUGACAUGAAAAUGAAGAAAAAAAAACUUUUCCCUUGUUUGUAGGAGCUCAUAGGAAGAGACAGAGACAAGAACAGGAAAUUAUACUAUUACGUGAUGAGUGCUGUGAUAGGGGUGUGACCUGAGUGUAAGGGAAGCUCAGAUGAGGGAGCAUAAUCCAUCUUGGAGAGCAGAAGGUGAGUUGGGCAUGGCUUUUUGGAAAAAGUGAGUCUAAAAGAUGAGUGUGAUGAAUGAGGAAAAGUGGGGAGGAAGCAUCUUAGGAAGAAGGAAUGACAGAACCUGCAGGAUCUAUAACCUACAGGACGCUGGGUCAUAUCCAUUGUCCUCAUGAACAGACAUGCUGCCAUCCCUAUCCCUGACCAGACUCAAUGCCUCUCUCCUCCCAGUGGUGUCACUUCUGGUUGAGAGGAAGAUGUAGGACCUCAGUGGGAGGGAGACAAAGGAGGCAUGGCCAUAAACCAUAACCCAAGGAUGACAUUCCACCCUUGGGGAAAAUCCUUUUCCUUACCUGUUGAUCACCACCUGAGAUCACGGGAUGAAAUGAAAGGAAUGAGAUGGGAAAAAAUGGGUCUCAUACAGCUCAGCUGUGGGAACAGAAAUAGCACCAUCUUAACCCUUGUGCUGGGUGGAGGCAGGGGGAUGAAUUUGACCUGUGACCUUUAACCCAAAGAACAGAGGCUCCUCUAGGGCUGGACAAGAAGUGGCAUUUGAGGGGUGAGAUGGGAGAAAGAAGAGAAUUGGGAUUCGGAGAUGUAUGCAUUUGAGUGAAGAGCUGUAGGAGAGAUAGGAAGCCAGGUGGUAUUGGGAGAGGUUGUAACUGACCACAUGUGGUGUGAAGAAACUAAUGAGUACUGGUGACUCCAGAAAUCCCUUUGCCUGGUGCUGAUUCUGGGACAGGGAUGAGCACUAAUACAUGGCUGCCUAAAAUUUGGAACAUGAUUUUAUUUGUCCCAAGGUGGGAUUUUAAAUCUUAUGCACAAUAAAAAUAUUGUCAUAACACAUU